CGUGACUCACCCAGACAACGAAGCUGUGAGGAAGACAAAUAUUUUGUCUUGUAUUUGAUGCAAUUACCAGGAAAUUGACCUAAUUAUCUCUCAGUGAAGUAUGGAAUAGCACAUGCAGUAAACUGUUACCUUUUAAAAUCGGACAAAAACAAAGUGUCAUCGAUAAAAAGGGAAGUUAGACAAGAUGAGCCACGUCCACGAGGGCCCUUUGGCCACCUACAAUUCCCUGACGGAUCCCAAUCUGGCAGGGUAUUUCGGCAACACCCGUAUGAGGCGUCACCUGAAGAAGUCAGGGCUGGUAAGUAGACGAGGGGAGAUAAUAUCGGAAAACCAGUACCGGCUCAAUAUGGCACGCAGGGAACACAAGAAGCACGUGAAAGACCUCCUAGCCCAGGCCAUCGUACACAAAACACUUGACCUUGAGAGAUACCGACAGGUAGAGAUCAAAAAGAAACUGGAAGAGAUUUCCAAGAUCGAGCUGGUGCGGAGAGUUAGGUCUGAGAGUUGCAGACGGGUGUAUGACCUUGACUAUCGAGACGGGCAGGCUACUAGGGGGCGAAAGGGGGACGAAGAGGUUUUACCUUAUUUAUCGCCCCGAUCACAAAGUCGACCUCAGUCCGGGAAGCACUCAGAAGCCUCUUCUGGUCAUCGCCGUCCAAAGAGCGCACCGGCCCCUCCAAGAAAUAGACAACACUCCUCAAAAUCAGGGUAUACAGACACUUAUGAAGAUCUUUAUAAUGACAAUGAUAAUUUCAGAAGAAUGGUAAUAUAUGUGGAUGACAAUGGUCGACCAGUGUCGCCGCCACCUCCGUCUGACAGACAAUCCUUUAAAGAUUCGCUACGAGAUGUAAGGCCAGAAAAUAUUGACACAAGACAUUUAUAUGCAUUGGAUUCUGAGGCUCUACAGCAAUAUGCUCUCAGAUUGUCCAAGGCCGAGAGAGGACGCGAUGGGGCCUCUUCACCCUACCUCUUGUCUACGCAUGAAUUGACACACACAAUAUUAGAUCCUCCAUUUGUGGGUGCUCUCAUGCUUCAUCGGCAAGAGCCUGCAAUGAUGCAUCAAGGUGAGGUCCAAACCCUGUGUGAAAUCACUAUGAAGUACCAUGGUCCGAAUCUGACCUUACCACGGGACCAGUUUGACCCCACCCAGGAGGUCAGCAUAGAACAACAACAUUGUGGUGGGAAUACUCUACCAGUGUUUAAAGAGAGACUGCAGGCUGGCAGUACUUUCUCCUUUAUUUCUCGCCGUCAUCGAGGAUAUCCGUUCAGUUUGACGCUGUACAUUGAUGGACGUGUGGACUGCCGUGUGAGCACAUGUUGCGAGUACAAGCACGGUAUCGGUGUCAAGUUGGGAGGAAAGAUGGGUCAUUUCAGUCUGACUGGAAUCACUGGUGCUACACCUUGUUACAAGUGUAAAUUAAGUGUGCAGGCGCCACCAAGAAGUCUAAAACUGAAGAAGGGUUACAGCAAGAAGAAGAAGCAGGAUACUGGAGAAGUUGUCACUGUUGAAGGAACCCCAAGAAAAGCAAUGACCCCAACUACCCCAAAGGAGGAACCACAGAAAAGUGAUGAUGAGGAAACAAUUAGAAUAGAGAGACAUGAGAGUAAUGAGUCAGAAGAUGAUGACAAUGUUGAAUCAGAGAAAAAUGUUGUAGUAGCAGUGGAAGAUGAUGAUACUUCCAGGGGAGGAAACUCGGUAAAAAGUAACUUUAAGAGAGACAAAUAUGUCCCUCAUAAAUCUAACAGAGAAAAGAACUCAAAUGAUGUGAUUGAAAGUAAAGUAAAAGAGGACAAGAAUGAGAACCAAGAUAACAAAGAAAAUAAUGAUGACACAGAUUCCAAUAAAGAAACUGAAAGGAAUUCUCAAAUUCAGCCACAAAGUGAAGAUGUAAAAGAACUGGAUAUAAGAGGUGCAGAACAAACAGAAAAGACUAACACAGUUCAUGUUGAUAGUACAAAGGAACGGAAAGAUUCAGAACACUAUGAAGACAACAUUAGAGAAAAUGAUCCAGGCAACCAAGAUACCUACAAUGAGAUUGAAGAAGAAAUCUUCAGCGAGUAUGACAAAACGAGAGCAGAUGACAUCAUUGAUGAAGAGAUAGUUGAAGAAGAAAACUCAAAUAAGAAUACAAGCAGAGGCAACAGUGAGCACAGGGAACAGAAAACUGAAAGUAUUGAAGAAGACUUAGCGGAAAAUAGUUACCAUGGCAACAUAGACACAGCCAAUUUUCAGCACAAUAUUGAGGAGGAUAUUGUUGAAGAAAUAAGUACAGCAGAUAAGAAUGAGAGUGAAAUAAAAACUGAAGCAGUCAGUAUGGACCAAAGUCAGAACAAGAAACCAGAUGAAGAAGUCAUUGAAGACUACAGUAAAAAUCAGAAACUUGAUGAAGCAAAGGAUAAUUAUGAUGAUGACUUUGAGGAGGAAGAUUCAAAAGAUGAAAAUUACGCUGAUGAUUUCGAGGGAGACAGCGAUGAGAAAAAUGGUGAUAAAAAUAAAACACACUGA